CAGUCCCUAUGCAGCGAGUGUAUGGGUGGAGUAUAGUUUAAAAUACAGUUUUAAAUGUAUCGAAAGGGUGUCCGGCGCUGCUUACGCCGGCUCUGACAGCAGGGCUGGAGGAAAUGCCAGCGCGCCGGGAAAGUUUGUCCUAAAGCUGCCGGGUUGCGCUCUCGGUGUCUCGGACCCUCGGCUCUAAAAUGGCUGGCUGUAGGUCCGAGGAAGCUCCGGUGCAAAGGGAAGGAUCCGCUCCACACCGCGACUGUCUGUAAAUAUACACGUUUCUCUACUCCGACCGACGCGUUAGUGAUGGCGUUGUCCCAGGUCCGAGAGCUGUCAAAGCGCACACGCACCAUAAUAAUAUUGGCAUUUCGGACCUAGGACUGUGCGUAAUGGCGUCCUCCGCGGACACUGGUCUUCGGUUUAUCCUCAGACAAAUUUUAAGAACAGGCUCGUAUUUGCAAAACCAAACCGAAUAUGAAUAUUGUUCUACAGCGAAUUUGAAAUGAAACGCGUUAUUAUGCGUGUUGCAUGUGAGAUGAUAGAAGGAGCUUAUGCUAUGAGAGAGGAAAUGUUAUUUCGCUAGCAUUAGUCGGACCCUUCUGUACUCCGGUGCGUAUCUCUGAAUGAUCGGCGACCCCUCGAAAUAUAAAUGGGUAUGCCCCAAAAUGGAUUCUCAGUUGGCUUCAGUCCUGACCAGUGGCAGCCUGGAUGUCCAAAAUGGCAGCCAGUGUGCAGAGGGAUCAGGGCCAGUGACAGAGGUUUUUUUGGACCCAAAGGAAAAAACCUCACCCAGUACUGUACCAGGUAACCUCCAGCUGUGCCCUAUCAAAGCAGCAGUGACCAGGCCAGAUGCUCUAUCAAUCAAUGGGAAAAAGCCAGAGGUGGGCGGGACUUCUAAGCCAGCCUCUCAGGAAACAAGCGAGAUUGGUGGGUUCAGAGAGCCAAUUACAGUAAAGGCUGGAGUGCCUGUUUUGCACAGCCGACCAAUCAGACUCAAAAUUGUUGUACCCCCACGGUGCAAGAGGCCAAUCACAAACUCUGCCAUCAGCCUGACCAAAGACUUUGCACACUCACAUUUUAGAAGACCUGUUUCAGUCUCAGCUGGAGCAGCGAUCACAGAAAAAAACAGAAGUAAAAUCCAGAUAUCUGCUGUUAAGAAUGAAGUAGAUAACAAGGAAGUUACUUAUGAAAAGACAGAGGAAGCUAAACCAGAAUCUGAGACAGAGGCAGAGAAAGGGAAAGAAAUGUGCAAAGAGAGAGAUGUUUUGGGUGCUAAAAUCAUCCACAGCAAUGGAUCAGAAACUCCUUUCAUCUCUAACACUAAUACAGUUAAAAUGCUGAGCAAGCAAGGGAUUAAAGAGGAAACUACAGAGAGAGAAAUUGAGGAAAAUAUUCCUCUGAUUUUGCAAGAAAUGGACUUGAAGUCUUGUAAGACGUUUGAUGAGGUUGGGAUGGAGGAGCAGACAGAGCCACUGGACCUGAGUUUGCCCAAGAAAAGAGAGAGUCGAGAGAGGAGGUGUGGACGCUUUCUGGAUGAUUCUGGCUGUGAGAGCUCGCUGAUUAUGGAGGUAGAUGAAUACGAGGGAGAAGGAGACAGAGACAUAGUAGAAGAGGACGAUGAGGGUGUAGAAGAGGGCUCUCUCCUGUCUCCCUCUUUCUUUUCUGCCUCUGUCUUUACCUCCCUCUCCUCAAUAGACUGUGACACUGAACACCUUCUUCUCAUAGACGACCAGGGAAUCCCGUAUACUCUCAGUCCAGACGGACUCAAAGUGCCGCAAGUCGAUUCUUCCACGUCAGAGGAUCCUCAGUCACAUCAGGCUAAUUUAGCAGAGGUAGAAGGAACGGGGUCACACGCCUCGUUAGCAGAUCCUAGCCUCAGCCAAAGUUUAGAUAAUGCACUAAAUGCACCUUCUGAUCAUCUUUACCCCUCACCAGCCCCUGCUACUGAUUCUCCAUCGCUCGGUGUUGAUCAGACAAAGACUCCGGAAGUCUUCACGAGUUUGAUUGCAAACUCAGAUCCCUCUAAGGCCGCAGAGCCAAGCGUUAAAUCUGUUCAGGAGGCUAAUACUGUUCUGUCCCCUUCCUCUGGGAUAUCAGUCCCCACCCAGCCCAUUCAGAUCCUCACAAACCCUUCUACUAAUGCUCCUAUUCUCCUCCUGUCAUCCUCCUCUUCCUCUCCUCAGCUCUCCUCAGCUCCGUUGGGUCUCACGCUUCCCCUUUCAGUUACUCAGACCUCACCUGAUGCUUCUGCCCCCAUGUUCCUUCUCCUGUCAUCUGUACCCGCUUGCUCUGGUGACUCUGCCUCUACCUCCACCCCUAUCGCUGUCCUCGACCCCUCGACUGGUCACUUGUCCCAGAUCACAGCAGCCUCAGCCCCGGUCUCCCUCCCUUUGUCCUCUGGUCAGGUCAGCACGCUAGGAUCACCUCUGCCCACGCUGUCUCACCCCGUCAUCAGACUGAGCCCCAAUAACCCCCCUGUCAUCUUGUCAGGAGUGAAUAAUGUAAACUCCGGCUCUGUUCUCACCUCUCUUACUGUCCGUUCGUCCUCUCCUGCUCUUCAAAAUGACCACCGCAGCAUGACUCCCCUCCUUCACUCUCAAAUCAGCUCUUCCGAUUCAAACCCUGGAAGUGAAGCCAUAUCUGCUGAAGAAGUCUCAAAUGAAAACAACAAGCCAUCAGCUUUUACAGCAUCCUCUCCGCUCCCACAGUCUGCUAGUUUGACCUAUGACCCCUUAGCUCAGCCCAGCUCAGAGGCCCAGUCACCAGCCUCAGAGUCCAGAUUUGACCCGUCUGACCUGCACUCACAACAUUUACCUCUGGAUGACCAUCUAUACUUCUCCAACGCUGCUGCUCCUCCCUCCCCUCCCAUCGGACCCAUUCUCUCCUCUGGUAAACUCGAGCCCCUCGACCCGCUGGAUCCCCUCUCUCCAGCGGGCUCACCCAACAACAUGGGUCCUCGCAGGGUGCUGUACUGCCAGCUGUGCCCGCGGGUGUUCUUUUAUCUCUCCGACCUUGAGCGCCACGCCAUUACUCACUCGCAGAAGAAGCCUCACGUUUGCCAGCAGUGCGGCAAAGCCUUCAAACGCUCCAGCCAUUUGCAGAGACACAAGCACAUCCACACAGGCCAGAGGAACUUUGUGUGCCCCAUCUGCGCCAAACGCUUCAGGGAGGCUGGUGAGCUCCAGCGCCACCAAAGGGUCCACACCGGAGAGAAACCCUACCAGUGCCAACUUUGCCACACUCGCUUUGCCGAGCGCAACACACUACGCCGACACACCAAACGCAAACACCCUUACCACCAAGUAGCCAUGGAAAUGCUGAAUGAAAGAAGAGGAGGUGGCCGAGGAGACGGGGGAGGCGGCGGCGGAUCCAGAGUGCAGGAGGAAGAAGAGAGCGCUGAAUGGUACAGCUCCACUGUGUCUAAUUUGGAUAACUCAGAGUCUGAGGUGGAAACUUAAAGAGUUGUCUGCACAUAGACUCCAAAGUGAUGGGAAAGAAGGAGGAGAUUAGCAGGGUGAUCAUAUGUAACUCUGGCUAGAGACUAAACUUUCCUAAUUAAUUGACAUUCAAAGAAGGGAGCACUUGCAAUAUUUAUUUCAACGUUUUUAAGGUAAUUUAUUUAUAUGAAUGUAUAUUAUUCCUAUUCCAUUUAAUGGUCCAAAAAUACAGCCUUCAAAGUCAUACAUGAUUUUGACAUUAGCUUUCCUGUAUGAAAAAAGUUUCUUAUGUGAAAGGGAAAGCUCAUGCUUGAAGGCAUGGUUUUUAUGUGAGUUCAAAAUAUUAAUUAGACUGCUAACAUGAGUUUCCCAUACAAUCCAUGAUAAAAACCCUCAAGUGCUCAGAAAAAAAGGAUAACUUAUUUACUCUAAUUAAUUCUCUGCUCUACUUGUAUAUAUAAAGAGUACUAUUUGUAAGAGCUGGUCUUCUGCACUAUCUUAUGUGAAAGAUGUAAUCUAUCUUUCUUACCGUCAGAGACACUGUGAGUCAUUUGCACUUGUUUUAUUUUAACUAAAUAUUCACUUUUUUACAUUGUGAAGGAAAAAACUGACUUUUUCUUUUGUUGCAGCUUUUGAUUUUAUGUAUUUAAUUCAUAAUAUGUAAAAGUUUGACCAAAUGUUUUGAGUUACUCUAACAUUUAACACUAUAUUCAUAUUAUUUUUGUUUUAAUGUGAAUUAUGUUAACUUAUUUGAAUUAAAUUUAGUCAACUGUAACUGAA